GUUUUGACGUGACCCAAGGUUGGGGGUCUUGCCCUAUGACAGACAGGCACCCGUCUUCUCGCCCCAACUCCCUCAGCAUCAAGGGCGAGUUUUGUCCGCCUCGGUCAACAAGCAUCCCUUUCCUGUGAAGGCUGUGGUGCAGUGAAGAAGAGUCAAGCAACUGCAGUGAUGGUGGACCACAGCGACGCGAGAAUGCGGAACAUCUGCAGGAGAACGGUGAGCACACACGCCUUCUUUUCCUCCAACGGACACUCAGCACUGCCGGUGCUGUGCGUGGCUUGCUGCAAUGCCUGCAGGCCGACAGCUACCUGGACCGUGCAGAGGCACUGUAUGACUCGGCUGCUUUCGUCUACAACGGCACCAUCGACGGCAUCAGGGUGAGUGCGCAGGCAUACAGGGAGGAGAUUAAUUAAGACACUGACGUCCUGACCUGCCUUUUGCGGUGGUGCAGACUGAGCGUCUGACGGUGCCGGGCCACCCUCCAGUCUUCCGCGGCUCCAUCGACAUUCCCCUGUCGACGGGCGUCACAUUCACAGACGCAUUCCAAUACCUCAAAGACCUCGAGCGGCGAUGGUAGACGGAACGGGACUCUCACUUAUGGGACGAAGGCACCCCUCCAGCUACCUACCGGCCAUUGUCUGUGUGUGGUGUGGUGCAGUGAGUUUGACGCCAUGUGUGAGGAUUCGGUGUUUUUGCAUCGGUAUGAGGGCGAGAGCAUCAUGUCGUACCAGUCGUUUAGAGGCAUGUACGGGCUCGACGGCAGAGAAUUCUAUCUGAUCGGGUGAGCACCCACAGACACACACACACACGCAUUGCAUUGGAUUGAUCCGUCUCUUAUCUUGUUGUCUCUCUUGUUGCCAUCCAUGCCACCAGAUUUGAGCGGUGGCCGAGUGCCGACCAUGUGGUCCUCGCCGGCGGCAGCCCCAACGCCGCGGCCCCCCACCCCCUCCCCUCCUUCACUCCCACAUCCAAGCCCACCCUCAGGGCCCUCACAUCCACCAUGGAGCGGCUCAAGGCCGCCCGCACACGCAACAGCAGGGCGGCCCUCAAGCGCCAUCACACCGGCCACAUCUACCUGGCCUCAUACGACAUCGAGCUGGACGAGCGGGCCGGCGUCCUGCGGCUGCGGGCUCUCUCCCAGACGGACUUGGGCCGGCUGCCGCAGUGGAUUCAGAACAUGGUGACGACCAAGCAUGUGACUUCACUGAGACGGAUCGCAGAGAACCUGACGGCGAUCGCAGCGACGGCCCGGCGAGGGGAGGGAGAGACAGAGCCAGACGGGCUGCCGACGGAUGCGUCAUGCUCGCCGUCGAGCGACGUGGAAGUCAUGUCGACGUGCACGUGGAUGGCCCUUGCGAGCACUGCCGUGGCGUCGAGCGACGCGACGGCUGUCAGCGAUGGAGAUGGCCUGUCGCCCAUUCACAACCGGGGCGAGGGGGCCAGGGCCGACGGGGCGUUUUGCUGGGAUGACGAAGGGCUCGCGACAGAGGCGGAAGGCAGCCUGGCUCAGCAGGUGCGCAGCGCACAGACAGACAGACCACUGUCGCUUGCGCAACAUCUGACCUGCAUUUCUCUGUUUGCUGUGUGGGGCUUGCCUUGCUCGUUUCAGGUUCAUUGUUUGUGUGCGCCGGCUCUGAUGGAUGGCCGGUCGUGUGUGGGCGGCCUCUGGCGAGAAGGGGAAGGGCGCUGCUGACAGGCAGGCAGGCGGGCAGACAGAGGGGCAUACACACAGGCAGUCCGGCCGGUUGGGUGUGUGCGUGUUGACGUACCUUUUGGAUGAAGAAGCGGUCUCGCCGGCCACCCUGGGUGCCUGCCGCCGCAUCAGCGAUGGCCGGUGGUGGCUCAUUGGAUUUCUUCGUCCCGUCCGUCGAGCUGAUGAUGAAGACACAGAUGAUUUUCGUGCUGAUACAUCCACACACACACACAGAGAGAGAGAGAGAGAUACAUGCAUAUUGAUAAAUUGGUCCUGUGGAUAUAACAAAGCACACCGCAUAGGGGUGUCUAUGUCUGUACUCUUGUUAAAGGGCAGCAGGGAGCGAAAGAGGGAGAGCUGUGUGUGUGUGGUGUAAAGAGGAGAUGGCCAGAUGGUCUUUGAAUCCCCCCCGCCUGAGUGAUUGAGUGAUUGAGUGGUCUGUGGCUCGCCCCACCCCGCCCCUGUCUGAUGAGAUAGAUGCAUGCCGCGUAGAACGAACGCCUGAGAGAGGUUUUGUAGUGUUCUCUCUGAUGGAUGGAUGGAUGGCGGGGUGUGAUGUGAUGUGAUGCUAUGUGUUGUGUUGUUAUGUGUUGUGAUGUUUUGGAGGGCCGCUGGAUGAUAUCGAUGAGCAUUCUAUGCUAUGCUAUGGUGUCUUAUAUAUACUCGUGUAUGGUAUGUAGUGUCUGUCUCUGCUAGUGGGCUGCGUCGAUGGCCGCACCUCAGUAGCUAAGCAGCACAGCACAGAACGCACCGAAGCCGACGGCUCGCCUCUCUCUCUCUCUUGUGUCAUGUCCAAGUGUCCCCGGGGCACUUACACACACACACAUGCACAUGAGGGGCCAUGCCUUGCAGGUGGCGGCCUGCCCAUCGAUGGGUGGAGGGACACACAUGGCCGCCGGCGUGCGUCUGUCCACUCAUUGAUCAAAUGCCUCCAUUCCAUGCAUCUGUGUGCCCUGCAUUUGACUUUUGGUGACUCAUCCUCUCUCUCUCUCUCUCUCUCUCUCCAGGAGAGGAGCCUGGAUUGCAUUGCAUUGCAUGUGUGGAGGGUGGAUGGGCGGUUUUGAUGAAUUCCUCUGGUACCUCUGGUAUAGACUCAUAGACAGACAGACAACAUCAUGCGCUUUCGUGCAUGCGCGUGUCACAGUCGUAGUUGCGUACACACCGUACACGCCGUGUGGUGUGGUAUCCAGCAGGGUGGGUGGGUAGGGGGGGGUUGUUAUGUUUGAGUACGUACGCGCUUGUCGGGCCUGUGAGGGGACACACUCAUGCAUGGC